GGGAAAAAAAAUAUCAGACAAACAGCGACACCAAGAAAUUCUGAGGGAAAAAAAAGCUACGAUAGACGAAUUAACCUGUAUAAAAGAAGAUCCCGAACAUAAAGCAAUACAUCGAGAACGAACUAGAUUAAGAAGUACACAUUCCUCGAACUCCAAUGCCUCUGCACAAGUCGGGCCGGGCUCAGCGCCUGGAUCCCACAAUGAUCUCGGCGCCGCUGGGUGACUUCCGUCAUACCAUGCACAUCGGGCGUGGUGGAGAUGCCUUCGGAGACACCUCCUUCUUGUCCAGUCAUGGCCCCUCCAACACAGAGUCUUUUAAGUCAGUCCAAAGCCCAGUGGCAGUCACCAGUGAGCCCACAGAGACAAGGCAGAACUGGGAUGACGACCGCAGGGCUCCUGAUGAGACACUUCCGGAACUUAGGCACUCGGAGUCUGUCUCGUCCUUCGACCUGGACCUAGACUUGGGGCCUUCCAUUAUGGGAGAUGUGCUGGGAGUGAUGGAUGGACUGGGACUGGGCUGUGAGUGGGCAGGGGGUACGGUAGGCGACGAAGAGGUGUUCAGCCCUGCAGACGGAAGGGCGUCGCCAGUGGGCUUUGCAAACGAGACGAGGACGGAGAGUCUAGGCCGAGGGGAGGAGCAUCUAAACGAGGUAAACGGAGUCAGGUCCAAAGGGUUCAGGCCCAAAGUGCGAUUCAGCGAUAAAAAAGAGGAAAUUGUUGGCCGGCAGUACAUAGCUCAUGGGUUAGAGGUGGAGCAUGAGAAGAUUUGCAUGGGUCCAGCGGAAGGCGUGCAUGUGAGCAGUGAGGAAUUUGCAAAGAAGGAGGCAGUGAGACCAGAGUCAGCCAAUCACCAGGCAGGCAACAGUCCGAGCCCUUCCUCUUCAGAGAGCUCCGAAUAUGAAGGUGUCUCCCCACUGGACAGGAGGAGGGAGGAGGACCAUCUGGCAGAAUCUGGUUCCGAGGAAGAGCACGUUGCUGGAGAUCAGGGGUAUACAUUUGAGGACGAAUCUGAUGAAGAGAUUGGCCUUUAGAUGGAUGAUGUUGAGUGUGUGAAGGGCAAGCUGAGAAAAGUAUGUGCACAAUGCUUUUCUAAUCAUCAUUCUAUAAACAUAUAAAGGGGAAACAUAACCAAAGCUAAAAAAUAUAUAUAAUCAAGAGGAAAAACUGGACACUGUAAUUACUAGGUUAAUAAUACAUUAAGACACACAAAGAGCUUCAGAAGUUCGCAGAUAGUUUCAAAGCUGUAAGUUCUAAAGUAAUUAACCAGUGGUGCAAAGUGGUAUAUGAAUGAAAGUUUCUUAUCAAGGCUAAUGUUUCAUCAUCAGAAAGAAUUGUAGUACUUUGUGGAAAUGACAAAACAUUCUUAGUACCUCUUUUAGUGUGACUCAGAAUACAUUUUAUAUUUAAUAUUUUAAAUCCUUGAUAAGCAGCUAUUUCAGGUUCAAUAUCUUAAAACAUUAUUAAACUGGGAAUGUUGAAGUUUCAAAGCUCAUUAUAUGGGAAUUUUGAAGCCUGUGGAAAUGUAGCCAUGGCAUCUGUUGUAGCCUUGUGAGUAAAUUUACUGUAAAUAAAUCAUCUCAUUAAUGUAGUAAAUAGUUGAGACAGGGCAGCAUUGCAUAAAUGCAGUAAAAGGGUUUGGCUCAAAAACAUUAAAUCUGUUCACUGAUUUCUUUUUAAAGAAACACAUUGAUAUAUACAUAUUUUUUUACCUCUGAAUACUAUUUCUAAUGCAUUUGCAAUACAGACAGUAAUAUAAAGAGGCAAGAAAAAAUCCAAAAUGCUCUGUCCUCUUUAAUGUCUCAGCAUGAAGCAAAACAUUAUACUAGCCUCUGGCUGAAUUAUAAGGGACACUUACUUUCAAUCAACUAUAAUUGUAAAAGUAAUUAGUUUUACUUAAAAAAAAAAACAUGAGCAAACUUAAGUUUAUAAAGUAUUAGCAAAUGCUUUGCUUCUAAGUUAAAAACAGAUUUGCUAGUGCUUUGGUUUGCUUAAAAAGUUUUUAAAUCACAUAGAAAAGGUUUAAAUAACAGAAGUUGAGUGUGGGUCUUAACUAGGUAUGCUACAUGAUCUGUGUAGUUUUUACUUGAAUGCUCUGGCUAGGCUAUGGUGGAAGUUUGGGCGUUCCUGUGGGAGUGACAAAACAAUGGGUGGAAAAAACAUUGGGUGAAUGUCUUGCCUAGAUGUUUUUUUUUCUUUUACAUGUCUUCAGUUUACUAUGAUCGACACAGCUUCUUAGAGUGCUUUUUUCCCUAGUGCUUUCAUACACAUUGGUGUAAUCUGAAGCACCAUGGGGUAUCUGCUGUUACUGAAGCUUAAGGUACAAUAAGUGCAAAUAUACAUUAUGAAAUAUUUUUGACUUAACACAGAUAUGGGCUGCCAUUAAUCAAGCAAUUGUACUAAAAAAGUUAGAUGAUCCAUGGCACAUGCUGUAUUGUAUGCAUGGAAAACAUAUGAAAAAUAUCCGUGUGCUGGGAUGUAUUCUGUUAGCUAACCUCCCAGCUACUUUCAAGGAAAUGAGCCAUUAAUGAGGCCUUUCUUGGUAUUAACAGUAAGCCAUUGCCCUUUGUAUGACUCACAGUAACUACUCAUCAAAAUAAGGUGAAAGACUAUAGGCAAAUACAAUAGAUACAAACCUUCCAAUUUCUUUAAACUCUUUGGUAAGUUUAAAAAACAAAGGUAGCAAACUACAUUGCUGGAAUACUUCAACCACAGAAAUUUAGUACAAUGUUAAACUCGUAUCUUAGUUAUUUAGCUCAUUAUUUGGCUACAUGCCACAAGUCCUAAAUGUAAAAGAGGCUUGUAUAUUUGGGUAGCUCUUUCAUGUUAAAAAGGCAUACCAGAGUAAAACCCAUGUAUCUGCCUCAUUAUUGUGGAGUGAGAUUGGAGGAAUUCAGCCAGGAGAAUUUGCCAGGAGCAAAAGGAUGGUAAUUGAUGGAGUUCAGUCAGACUGCAAAGAGCGAAAGAACACUGACAUUACAAUAUGAGAGGACAAAAAAGGGUUAAGUCUUAACAAAAAGAAAUUGCAACAAACUGUUUUCUGAAGCUUCAUUUAACUGUCAUCUUUUUUUCAUAAUGAACUAUUAACCUAUAAGCACCUUAUACUUCUAAAUCAUUCUUUAAAGCCAAACAGAGCCUAUCUGUGAGUUCUAGAUCAUAACUUUGUAUGCUGUUAAUGGCCAAACAAAUUACAUAAUAGACCAAAAUUAACACUGCACUUAUCAGCUUUCAUAUGCAAAAACUAUGACAAACUGCAAAAAUCUGGUAAUUCACAGCCACUGACAAUCAAUCUGUGAAUUAAUUUUAUGUAACAAUUAGUGUAGCCAGAAAUAUAAUAAAGUAACCAAGCUGUGUUGAAGCUGUUCUGCUAUAAUGUAAGCUCUUAACCACACAUCUGCAGUGUGGGAAACCAAUGCUGUUGUUCUUGACAUUAUUUUCUUGGUAUAGACAUCUGCAAGAUAAUAAAUGAUUUCUUUACUUUCUA